AUGUCUGGCGCCACUCGUCUUGGAACCACGCUCGUCAAGGGGCGCAUGGUCAACAUCACCCUUUCUGAGAGUGGCCCCGGCUACACCCGCCUUGGUGGCGCGAUCCAGCUGAAGCUGAAGAACGCAGCUGCUGAUAUGGUCGGCAAGCGCGUCGCUGCCGGCAAGGUCUUUGGGGACGACGUCCUGAAUAAGGUCACUGAGAUUCGCAUCUGCAACAUGACCCAUCCGAGCGCCGGCGACCGCAGCAUGCACUACUCCGUCGAAGCUUGGGAGGGCAACUUCAAGCUCAACGAUGGCCAUGUUCCUGAGGACGAGUCCAAGCAGACUGUAAGUGUCUCUCCGGCGCUAUUGGUGCAAGAAUGGACAAAGAACUAA